AUGUCUGCAGCACCUCAAAUUCAUAUUUUCUUUGGUGCACCUAGCCUCCCAGCCUCAUUAAAGACUUCUAAAGAAGAGAGGUUUUCAGCAUCUACUGCUGAAAAAUGGCAGAAACUCUACUUUUCAUUACCUAAGGACACUUUUAAACUUUGUACUAGAAAAUGUAUGUUUCUUGGACAUGUAGAUCAUCGGACACCGAAUGAUACAGAAUUGACUGCUCAGUCCAAAGAUCACUUCCCCCCAGAUGGUGGGAAAGAAUAUGGGCUGACUGAUGUUAUUUUGACAGACUGUGGAGCUAGUGCUGGAAGAGUAAAAUUACUCAGCAAUGAAGCUAAGCACCUUCCAUAUCAGCAGCUUCUCACAGAUAUAAAAACAGGUGAACCAAGCAAGCAAUCUGAAGAUGCUGAAGAAGGUACCAGUAAGAUGCAUAACCUUACUAUUACUCCCUUGGCUUCUAGUACCGAAAAGUUUAGCAGAGGUCUGGAGUCUAUAGGACAGGAUAAGAAACCAUCAGAUGUUCCGUGUGCUCAUUACCAGCUCUUGAAUCAAUACUUGGAGGGAUGUUUCCCACAAGUAAUGAAACAAUCAAAGACUGGAAAACCACUAAAUGUGUGUUCAAAUCUUCCAGUUUCAACAGACACUGAAUUCCUUAGUAUUCUGACUUCAAGCCAAGUUGCUCUGCUUUCAGGAUGGCAUGCUGUAGGACAAAAUGAAACACAAAGCAAAUCUACAAAGGCGAGUGGAACAGAAUUGGAUGGACUUUGUAGGGAAGAUGAAGCAUCCACAGAACUGCAUAUUCAGUUAAAUGAAAAUGGUGGUUUGUGUGCAAAUAUCACUGAUACAGAUAGCUCUCUUGAACUGUUUGACUUUGAUAGUACCGUGAAAAGCAACUCGUAUUUGAGAGAAAAUAGCUUUCAAGAAAAUGCUGAUAUGCCUACAGACCAUUUGUGUUCAUCUGAUGAUAAACCUAAGAAAGAGGUACAUUAUAUUGAACCAUGGAAGAAAGGAAUAUUGUGUUCCCAAGUCAGCCACUCUGCUAAAAGAUCUCAAACAUCUGAAGAUAUUUCACCGGCAACUUACAUUACACUUGGAGACCAACAGCAAUCAAAGAAAGCCAAAUUGAUUUGUUCUCCAGUUUGUGCAGUUCCACAAAUAGAGCAACUGAGAAUUUCAGGGUUUAAGAAAGUUUUGAAACACCCAUCCCUGCUUAAAGACUGUUUAUGCAAAGGUCAGAAGUACACCGUCUUAGUCACAGUUCUACAUCCUUGCCAUAUUAAAGAAAUACAAACAAAGCCAGGAUCUAAACUGUCCUCAAGAGUCCCCCUAGCCACAGUUGUAGUUUUUGAUCAGUCUGAAGUACAACGAAAGAUUGCAUUGUGGAGAGCAGCAGCAUUUUGGUCACUUACAAUGUUUCCUGGCGAUAUCGUACUAUUCACAGGUGAGGGUUAAAAUGGCGCUUAUCAGUUCAUUUUUGACAUUUUCCAUAGGAAGUAUUUUAGAUAGUGAACUGGUCGAUGGUAUAUACCUUUCUGCUGAGUCUCGGGUACAAUGUUAAGUGUCUCCUGAAACACAUUCCCUAUUGUAAGCACAUUUAUAAAAAACACACUACAGCUAUAGAGAUGUGGUAGAGGAGUUGCUCUCCAGCCCCACCCUACAAUUAAUGCUUCCUAGCUAUUAGGAACAUCCAAGAAACCUCUAUCAAACAAUAUCAUAAUGCAUAAUCUAUUUCCCGCCGCUCCCCGCAUUUGUUUUUUAAUACUGCCUUGAUUCAAGGCAGCAACUGAAUUGGCGUACAGUUAAAUAAGGGAUUUUUCUUUUCUCAACAUGCAUCUGCUCAGUUUGGAUGAUCAGAAACGACCUUUGCACUCACUUCUCCUUCCCUCGCAUGUGGCAUCACUGUCAGUUUGCAGCUUAACAAUAAGCAUGAUUUGCUGUUGCACUGGAAUUGAAAAGCAUUUAGUGUUUGCCCUCCAAAGUCAGGGUUUGAAGUGAGUUUCUGAUUUUUGUUGGGAGGUCGUGCUGAUCAGUGUUUGCUACAAUGAUGGAGGAGAAAGAAAACAGUUGGUGGCUCAAUUCAUAAAAACAUGGAUUGGAGGCUUGGCAAAACUCUUAUGCUAUCUCUGAAGACUCAGCUUUGAAAAAUCAUUCUUUUUCCCCAUCAGAACUGUAUUUACUGUCGCCCUAACAGAAACUGGCAGUGGUGAAGGGUUCUCCACAAUGUGUUUUGAAGCCAAAAUUUGGAUUCAAAGCUGGACUUUUAAUAUUACCAUAUCUUUGCCCACUUCAGACAGACUAAAUAUAUAAAAAGUCAUGCAAAGCUUGAACAACUUGGUGGUGGCUUUCAGUUUUUGAACAGGGGCUAGUCCAGUUUGUAGAUUUGAAGUGGGAUAUGUCUGUGUCAUCGUUGUCCAUCCCCCCCGCCCCCUGGUGACCUGGACUGAGGUUUCUUCUCUUCGUUGCAGAUGUGAUUAUAAAUGAGAAUCGCUGGAAUGGGGAAAUAUUGCUGCAGUCAACGUUCACUAGUCGGUUAUUGAAUCUUGGAAGCUGCUCAACUAUUAAUCAGAACAAAUGUGAGCUUUAAUACUUUGCAUUCAGUGAACUCUUGUCCCAAUUCAUGAUUUCCUUAAUAAUUUAAAUCUAGUAUUUCCCAAACUUUCUUGAAAUGGUUGCAUAGUAUCUGUCAGAUGACAGUGGUGGUUGCUCGUGAGUAACUAGGCAGGACUCAGACCUGUCUUUUACAGGUUUUAUUUUAGUACAAACUAUUUACAGUGCAGAGCCACAAGUUCAUGUCUACCUCAAUCGCUAGCAGAAUCCGGGAGUGCUUGUUUCCUGGACCUCCCCCAACAUAAAAGUCUCAUUACGCCCAGCCAUUUCCUUCCUUCUUUGCACUUUAGACUUCUGCGCAGGGUGGGUGACGGAAGGGGCAUGCUUCCUUCCUGGCCGGCUUGGCCAGGAGCGGUACUGAGGCUCCCACCAGCAUCCUCUGGUCCUUUCAACUCUUCCCCACUGGAGGCGGGGCUUUCCUCAUCACCGGAAGAGGAACUGCUUUGCAAGAUUUUCGGAGGCUCCCUGUAACACAACUGCCCCUCUGUUUCCCGCCCCUGUUCUGAUGGCAGUUCCCUGACAAUAUCACUUCUUUUACUAAAGUUCAUACCCUUCAGACAAAUUUAAUCCAAAUAUUUAAUGCACGAGGAGCACUAGAAUGUGUGUGGCAUACCUAUGGCUCAAUCAAACAUUUUUCUACAUGAAAUGUGCAUGUUAUAUGCUUGUCCACUUACUUUCUUCCCUAUCCUGCUGUCCUCAGUAAUACCUCUGUAUCCCAAUAUCAACCUGAAUUUCAAUCUAUGUUCAGACAUUAGGUUCAGGGAAGGCAUGGGUGCAGGUGAUAUGAUUGAGCAUCAAUUUCUGUCUGCUGCUGAGAAGAGCUGAGGAUGCUCUCGUAGAAAGAAAUUGAACAGGGCCAAUGUGAUAAAAAAACCACACCUGAAUAAACACACCAUACUCAUCAGAUAAAUGAUGCCUUUUUAAAACACAUGAAUCACAGUGGCAGCAUUCACACAUCAUGGUAAACCACAUGGCAGAUGUGCAGAAGGCUCUUUCAUUCCUUCCCUCUAGCCAGCAGUAGCAGCAAACCAUGAUCCCUGGAGAAUCAUGAUUUGUUCCACAGCAAACAAGCCAUGGUGUUAUCAAGGUUUGUGUUUGGUUUACUAAUCAAGGUUUGUUUGGAUGAAACAAGCUAUGGUAUAAGCUUGGAUACAACAACAUGGAUUGUUGCUCCCACUGGUUAGUGGAGAGGAACAAAACUAUGUUUUACCCUGAUGUACAAAUUGUGCCUUUAUGAGUGCCUUCUGAGUGGUAUUAAACUAAGUUUUACUCAGUAGAGCCGCUGAAAUUCACGAACAUGACUAAGGUCCAUUAAUUUCAAUGGGCUUACCCUGAGUAAAACUUAGUUAACUAUCACUUCUGAGAUUGUAUUUGCAUUGAAGAUAUAUCUUUUAAAUUUAUUUCUAACUGCUUAGAAGCUUAUUUUGGCAUUAAGUAGUACAUAAUUUUUAAAUUAUUAUUUCUGAAUUAAGUUAAGAACAUUGGUAGUUAUGCUUGCAAGUGAUGUUUUGGUCUGGGAUUACCAUAGGUGAAACAUACAGCCCCCCUGCCCAAAAAUUAGAGAUAUUUAAAAUUUUUUAUAUAUGUUCUUUUCUAGUCUCGCAUAUAGUGGAUGUUAAUAUUCUCCAGGAUUUGCUGGCAUAUGUGUCUUCCAAGCAAGCCUAUCUUCAAGCUCUCCCCCAAAGGCAGACCCAGACUUUGAACAAUAUACAACAUAUUCAACUAGAUCAGCUCAAACCAGAUAGAUUGGUGCACACAAUAGUGAAAAUUAUCAACAUCACUGUGCUAUCAGGUGAGUUGACUUUUUAAUCCUAUAUUUCACUGGGGCUGUAUCUUAAGAUUGAAAAGAAUAAGGUGGACAUGGUAGUUCCCUAGAUACAGAUUUUAAAAACCUAAGAGUAGACCUUGAAAAGAUACCUCCCUCCGACUUACCUGUCUGAGAGAAAACAGCCAUUAAGCAUGUUAAUACAAAUAUUUGAAAGGAAGCUUUUAUGUCCAGGAUGCAGAGUACUAUAUGGCUUAUUCCAUGUGCCCAAAGACUUGUUUUUAAGAAACAUCCCUUCAUGUUCCACAUAGUAAUCCCUUUUCAAAACCAAGGGGACUUUCAAAGUACAUAGUUUGUGAUCUGGCAUGGAGAUCUGCUGUUCAAAGGGGGAAGGUCAAAACCAAAAGUAGUUCAUUGUCUUGUAGUCUAAAACAGCAUAUAAAUACAAUAUAUUUGAUGGGGCCAGGUCACUCAAUGUUUGGGAAAAGAUUUUCAGGAAAUGAUCAACCAUUAGCUUGUACCAUUUCCUAAUUGUGGUUCAUAAUAGUUUCUGAAAAUAUGAUUGUUUAAUAUGGUGUAGUUAACCAGGUUUCACCUGGUGCACGUUCAGCUGAAUUGAUAGUUUUCCCCUCUUGCAUAUAAUUUUAGGUGUCAAAAUUCUGCUUGACUUAACAUCAGCACCCUCAACUACUCCCCCCUCAACUUCUAUAUAAAUCAUGUUUGCGUUUGCAAUAUUUUAUCUUUAGAAUCUACAUACAGUUACAAAGGAGAAACAAAAAGAAAAAUUAUUUUAACAGUGGAACAGAUGAAGGACCAGCAUUAUGGCUUGGUGUUAUGGGGCGCUCUAUCGGCUCACUGUCCUCAGCUUCAAAGGAAAAGAGGUAAAAAGUCACUACUUGGUUUAAUGCAAUAUUUGUGGAAUUCUUUGUGUAAUCCAUUGACAUAGGGCAACAGAAGGGAGCAAACAGUAUGUUAUCAUUUGACCCUAAUCUCCUUUUUGUUUGAAAUGGCUAUCUCAUACUGUAUAAUACAAAUGCCUGUCAAAUAUAUGGCUGAUUUCUUACUUCUGAAAUAGCAAUAUCAAUCACUUUUGCAACUGUUUCAGUUUGUUUCCAUAUAGUUACUAACUAGUUAAGGCUUUUGUGUUAAGCAACACAAAUUCACACAGUAGUCUUGACUUAUGUUAGAACUAGCAAACUGCCUAUCGUUAUGUGAUAUAUGUCCAUGUAUAUUGCAGGGUCAUCUUGUGUGUCCCUGUGCAAAAAUAUUAAGAUUUCUGCUCUUUAAACAACUGCAGGUAGCUGACUGCUUUUUAUAGCAUUUAUUUCAAGCUUUGCUUUGUUAAAUUAAGGCAAAGAAAUCUAGCAUUGUGCCCUUCUUUGUCAUUCAACCUUGCAAUUUAGUCUACAGUUAGUUUUGUGAGUAAUUUGAAAUUUCAAACAAUUUGUGUUUAAUCAUUAAAGGACUAUAUCUGGAAGGUAAGAUAAGACUUGUGUUCUUAACUGUCCAAAUAUCUAUCUCUGUUGAAAAAUCCUAAAUGUUCCUAUCAAGACUACCAGGAUCAGGAGUUCACUUCAUGCCAACCAGGGCUGUAGGUCAUGACAACUGAGCAUUAUGACUAACUCACCAUAGAGCAGCAUGUGGUGGUCAUUCAUAGUACUACUGAGCAUAGGAAAAUAGAUCAGCAUACAGAGGUCAUUUCUGCUGGAAAUCAAAGUAUUUACAAGCCAUUAUUUCAUUAUAAAUAUAUUAAGUAUGUGAGAGCGUAAUCUUGAGCACGUUCCUCAGAAGAUACAGUAACAUUUAUUCUGAAUAUAAAGAAGUGUUCAUAUGUAUUGAAAUUGAAAUACCACUAUCUUUUGUUGCAAGGAUUGUAAAGAGAUGUUGGGCAGCAGUUUUGGUCAUGAUCUGUAAGCCAGGAAAUUGAAAUCUCUUCCCAGCUAUGAGUACACUAGGAGACCUUUAGCGGUUGCCUUCUCUCAGCUUGAUUGUAAUGAAAUAUUCAUCCAAUAGGAGCAAGCCCAAACCAUGCAAUACGUGACCUGUGUGGGAAUUGACCAUAUGUUGUGUGUCUAUGUCAUUGUCAUAGCUGUCAACUUUUUCCUUUUUUUAAGGGAAAUUCCCUUAUUCCGAAUAGGAUUCCUCUCAAGAAAAGGGAAAAGCUAUGGUGAUGGGUAGGCAAACUAAAGCCCGAAACCGGCCCUAUCACCUUCUAAAUCCAGCCCGUGGACGGUCCGGGAAUCAGCAUGUUUUUACAUGAGUAGAAUGUAUGCUUUUAUUUAAAAUGCAUCUCUGGGUUAUUUGUGGGUCCUGCCUGGUGUUUUUACAGGAGUAGAAUGUGUGGUUCUAUUUAAAUUGUAUCUCUGGGUUAUUUGUGGGGCAUAGGAAUUCGUUCGUUAUUAUUUUUUUCAAAAUAUAGUCUGGCCCCCUGCUGAAAAAGUUUGCUGACCCCUGGUCUAUGUGAUUUGGAUUCUAAAGGCAUUGGCCCUGUGCAAACUUUCAUUGGCUGAGGAACCUGUGGCCCUCCAGAUGUUGCUUGACUACAGCUCCUAGCAUCCCUGUCAUUGGCCGUGCUGGCUGGGACUGAUGAAAGUUGGGGUCUAGCAGCAUCUGGAGGGCCACAGCUUCUCCACCCCUGCUUUACAUUCAUACAUGGGACAGAUGCAUUUGGUGAGUAGGAUGGGUUGGUCCUGAUGUGACUUCCUCCACCACUCAUAGCAUCUCCCAAGCAAGAUGUUUGUGUAAACUAGGCAAAUUUAUCUGGUUUGUAAACACUCAAAAUGCUAUCUAUUUAUUUUUUGCACACAGCAUUGAAGGUAUUCCUCUUUUUCAUCAUCUCUGAAAGUGCGCUAUUCCAUCCAAAGUUUUCUGUGGCUAUUAACAAGGAAUUAGAAUCUAAAAUUCUAAGUGGAGUUAUUCUUUUCUUCUUAGACCACAUAUGGGAAUUCAAAUACCUAUUUGUAAAACACAGUCCUAUCUCUGGUGAACUCGAAUUGCAUACAACACCAUGGACAUCUUUGGAGUGCCUCUUCGAUGAUGAUAGAAGAGCUAUUGAGUUCAAAGAGAAGUUUCAGAAGGAUGUCAGAUCACUGAUGGGUAUAACUACUUUUGCUGCACUUCUGGAGGAGAAAUGUUCUGGUGAGAUUUUCAUUCUUUUUUCUUCCCUCUUUUUAAGGGAGUGGGAUUCUCUUGCUCCUUUAUUAAAUUGUACUGAAGAGCUUUGAGAGGGCAAAUUACAGCAAUUAAAAAUAAAAAAGGAGCACACAAUGCCAAGUAUCUAAUUAAAUUAGAGUUGUCCCACAUCUGUGCAGUCCUGGUGAUUGAAUGCCAACCCAAAGGGAAAUAUGUUUAAUGCUCUUUCAAGAAGUAUAUGGACCAUUAGGAAAAGAGAACUCCAAGUGUCACUCCCUGUGUCCUUGUUGGUCUAAUUUGGUUCAGUGAAGAAGAGCUGUUUAGGCUGCAAUCUAACACACCUUAAAAACAAUCCAGUUGAACUCAAUGGGGUUUACUGUAGACUAAGAUUAAGAUUAGAAUAAGAUUAAAAUUAGUUUACAUGAUAGUUCAAGUAGCUACCAUUAUUCAGUUGGCAAUAAUGAUUUACCUGUUUUCUUGGCAGCAGAAGAGACUAGACAACUCCUUUAUGUUUCCGUAGGAAUGAUCCAAGUGAAAGCCUGCAUCUCAGAGUUGAAGUUUGCUGUUGCCUCUUCUCCACAUGGACAACUUGUCUUUGAUUAUAAAACUUCACUGCAGCAGAUAUUUGCUUCUCUUACUCAGAUCACCUAUGCGGGCUGUGCAAAAUGUGGACUUGAACUACAGAUAGAUGAUAACAAGAUCUACAGACAGUGUGUUAGCUGCUUACCCUCUAAUAAAGUGAAGAUAUUCUACAGGUAAAAAAGUGUGUAUAUAAUGAAUAUAUGAAUGAAUGUGUGAGAGUGAAUGAGAAUCACUUUACGGUAGCUGCCAUGUUAACAUAUGAAUCUGGCCCGCAGGAGUAUUAUUGUAAAAGGGGAUAUGUUUUAUUUAUACUUCUACAUUCUCUCCAUAACAUUGUUUUAAAGGGAAUCAGUCCAGUCUGGUGAAAUGCUCCCAGGGUCAGAUUGAGUCAAUUACAUUCACUAGGCUUGUGGUUUUCUGUCACCCUACUCUUACUGCUUUGGUAUGAAUGGGUAGUAGAAAAACUGAUAAUACUUUAUGUGAGUUUUUCGCAGAGGGUUGAAGGGUAAGUAGAUUCUUCUGGUAGAUGAAGACAAAUCCUAUGGAAGGGCAAAUGUACAGCUGUGUGCCUUGGCAUCCCUAUCCUGUUGCAGCCCAUAGCAAUGGGCACCUUGUGGAGGAGCGAAGUGUCUCACACCCCUUUCUGGGAAUUAUGAGAUUAGCAGGCCAGGUUAUAAAUGCAACCUUUUAAUAUAAGCAUUGUUUACACCAUUUAAAUAUUGAACGUGUUUAUGGUGUAUAAACCCAAAAGACCAUAAAGUUCCCAUUUAAAGUAUUAGUUUAGUUUUUAUGUCCUUCCAUAUUUUUCUUGAAGGGGUUCCACCCUCGUAGUACCUUACCAAGCAAACAGUGUUGUGGUGCAACAGGAUAAAAACACCUCAGUCUAACAGAAACUGUGUUUGGUCAGUGUUACAGAACUAAGUGUUAAUGCAUAUAUUUGUAUAAAUUACUAUUACUUCAUUACAAAGUGUGAUUUUGGGGUUGUUUCAGCCAAAGUCCAUCCCAGUCACACAAGGACUUCAGCUUGUGCAACGGAACUUCCCCUUACACCCCUCUCUUCCAAAGGGAACCCCCAAGAACAGCUUUGGUAUACAUGCAGGGGGAGGAGUGGGGAAGUUCCAUUGCACAGGCAGAAACAGGAUAUACAAACAGGAUGAUUUCAUUGUAUAGAAAUCUCUAUUUUUAUCUAUCUGUUUUAAUGAUUCCCAUGGUCAUAAAAGUUGCUGACAGAGCUUGAGGCUGAAGUCCAAAAGGUUUAUGGGUACCAGUGUAACACAGAGACCCCCGGAAAACUGUUGGAGCAGCAAUUCAUUAAAAACUAGAAACAGCAUCAUGUUUUAAGAAGCCAAUUACCUUGCUGAAAUAAUUCAGCAACUUCUGUUGGAAGAGAAACCUCACAACAAACACUAGGUGGCAGUAGUGGAUAGUUUAUGCAGGUGGGAAACCCCCGCCCCACAAAAUCCACAGUUGCAUCAGACUUUAUUAUAUAUAGCAAUAGCUGAUAUUUGAGGUGGUCUCUUUCAGAAAUGUUAAGGGCUUUGUAGCAACUCUGCAGUUAGCAUUCACAUGGAGACAAUUCACUGUAGAGAGAGGCAAAUGGCAGGUUUGUCCAUAGUCUUAUACACUGAAUUUUGUACAACAUAAUUUUGUACUUGCCUGCAAGAGAAGUAGAGAAAGCCUAUUAUGAAAAUCCUAUUUGAAAGGGUUUCUUAAAUGAAUUUAUCACCUACCGAUAUUUCUUUUGCCUAUUAGAUUUGUUGAAAGGCAAAUACUGGAUCGGAUUUGCAUUUAUGAUUAUGGAUUCUUGUCUGGUUUAAGGAACUGCAUAAAACAAUUAAAUUAACAUGACAUUUCUCUUUCCUGGUCCACUUAAUUGCUGCUUGGGUUUCUACAGCUUAUUUUAAACUCUGCAGCAAGGAUUGAAAAUAAUGGCAGGGCAGGGAGUUCAGAAUGUGAAAGUGUGCCUUGCAUCUCUCUUUCUCUCCCUGUAUGUAUAUUAAUGUCAAGUUUCUAUUUCAGGUGUGGGUAUGUGAAUUUACAUCCUGCCUUCCGCCUCCCUCCUCCCAAAAAUGGAAUUAAAAAUAUUAUAAUAGUUAAAAUCUGAUUGUUGUAGUAAAACCAAAUAAUAGUUACAUCUAAAGGUAAAGGGACCCCUGACCACUAGGUCCAGUCGUGACCGACUCUGGGGUUGCGGCACUGAGGGAGCCAGUGUACAGCUUCCGGGUCAUGUGGCCAGCAUAACUAAGCCGCUUCUGGUGAACCAGAGCAGCGCACGGAAACGCUGUUUACCUUCCCGCCAGAGCAGUACCUAUUUAUCUACUUGCACUUUGACGUGCUUUCAAACUGCUAGGUUGGCAGGAGCAUGGACCGAGCAAUGGGAGCUCACCCCGUUGCGGGGAUUUGAACCUCCGAUCUUCUGAUCGGCAAGUCCUAGGCUCUGUGGUUUAACUCACAGCGCCACCCGCAUCCCAAUAGUUACAUCUACAAGCCUUUAAUUUCCUGUAGUGGUUUUGACUUUAUAAGAGCAUGACUUUUGGUGAAAUCUUUCCCAGUGACCUUAUCAGGAACUGAUAAUGCUGUAGUUAGAAGCCAGUGUCCUGUGUUAAUUAUUUAGUGUAUUUCGAAAUUAAGCAUCUCAACCUGCUUCUCUUUGAAAUUGCAAUUUAUUUGUAGUUGAUUAAAAGUAUUAGUGGGGGACUGAAAUAGCUGCUCAGCUGCCAACCGAUUUGGUUCACCUUAAUUGCUUGCAUACAGAGAGCGAACUGAUUAAGCACCACCAUUAGUCAAGUGUUUGGAACUUCAAAGCUGAGAACGUCCUUGACUCAAGAAGCCAAAAGUUAGAUAUGCUUGAGUAUACUCCCCCCCCCUUGAAUUUAUUCUGAAUCACAUGACCUGUUUGAAGGGUCAGCUGCAAGCAUGUAUUUAUUUUUUAUUUUUUUAAAAAAGCUUAGUCUUAUUGCUCUACUUUUCUCCCCUCCCCCCUGGGUUCUGCCUUUGUGUAUUUGAACAACAAAUGGAGGUGUUCAUAAGUAUAGAGCUUUAUGCCAUUUAUUACUAAAAUAAAUGAGUGGUACUGUUUUCUUUGGGAAAUAUAAGGUGUUGUCUUUAGGCACAGCCCUCUUUGACACUGGAUGGUCUCCAAGAUCAUCAUUUCAGUUAUAGGGUAGAGAAGAAGACUCAUAGCAAGUUUCAGGUGCCUGUCCUUUGAUAUUUUCAAGAUUUUAAUUGCACUAUAGUUAAACUGUUUCAUUUAAAUACAGCUUAAUAUACUAACAGUAUUACUGCACCAUAACUUCUCCCCCCUGCAGCCCCCAAUAAGCGCUCACUGUGUGGUUGGGGGAUUCUCAAGAGCAGGCUUCCUCAACCUCGGCCCUCCAGAUGUUUUUGGCCUACAACUCCCAUGAUCCCUAGCUAGCAGGACCAGUGGUCAGGGGUGAUGGGAAUUGUAGUCUCAAAACAUCUGGAAGGCCGAGAUUGAGGAAGUCUGCUCUAGAGCAAGGGAGUUGCAAUUGAUAAGCUCCCCAAACUGUGUUUUAUUGUGGUUAACUUAUAAUACCUCAGAAUAACCAGAUAUAUGUACUCCCCUCCCUAUAUAAGAGGCUGAGUCAAAAGAACAAAGGUAUUGAUUGCAUUUCCCCAAAGAUUCUUCCAAUAUAGAGAUCUUCUCUCUAAGUAACAAUGCAGUUGAGCUUAUGCCUACGGAUCCUUGUUUAUCUGGAAUUACAGGGGCUUGAAAAUAUGAGCAUAUAAUUUCGUGGCAACCUUUUGAACAGAGGCUUUUCUUUUUAGAAAUUUAACACUGUUCUUCCUAAUACGUAUUUUAUUAUUUAAAAUGCCCAAAUCCCUGAUAUUCAAGUACAUGAGAUCUAGAAGGAAUUAAAAAUUCUUCACUUAAUCAUAGUUUCCCCUCUUGCUCAUGUCUGGAAUAUCCGAAUAGUGUUGCAGUCACUCUGGCUGUAAAUAUUCAGCAUCUAAAGUGUCUUAUAAAUAUAUUACCACUUUAAAAUACAAGGAAAGGCUACUGAAACAAUACACUAGCAUAUUGUGUAGAAGCAAAUUUUGCCUGCUUGUUCAAUCAAGGUACCUUACCGAGUCGUUAAAUCAAGAUAAUGCAAGAAAAAAGAACUUGUCAUGGAUAACAGUAUGCGACUGAAUGUGAUAAUACUCUUAAUUAUCUUAUCCUCAGGUUUAAUGAAAAAUUAAGCCAUUAAACACAAGCACUGACAGGACACGUAUUUUAAGUACGCUUAAUUAGUAUAUUGAUUGUUAAAUCCCAUAUUGAUAUUUCUUAUUGUUUAGGUAGAGAAUUAUGCAGAAAAUCUGGUUUAAUAUGCUGUUUGCUGUAAUAAACAUUGACUUGACUUGACUUAGCACUGACAGCACUUUUCCUGUUUCCUCCUUUAGACCUGCACUGAUGACUGUAGAGGAUGGGAAAUGUGAUGUGUCCGUUCAAGUGGCGUCAGAACUAAUGGAGAAAAUGUUCCUCAAUAUUCCAGCAGAGUGGCUGAACAAGGCUAUAGGUAAUACACUAUGAAUUGCAGUGGUACCUCGGGUUACAUAUGCUUCAGGUUACAUACGCUUCAGGUUACAGACUCCGCUAACCCAGAAAUAGUACCUCAUGUUAAGAACUUUGCUUCAGGAUGAGAACAGAAAUCGUGCUAUGGCAGCAGCAGGAGGCCCCAUUAGCUAAAGUGGUGCUUCAGGUUAAGAACAGUUUCAGGUUAGGAACGGAUCUCCGGAACGAAUUAAGUACUUAACCUGAGGUACCACUGUAUUUGUGUAACUGAAUAAAAAAAGCAGACAAAACUUAGUGGUCAAAUGUUUGCGGCUAUUCAACUUCUACUUAUGUGAAGUGGGAGUUCUCCCUAAUUCCAGUCCUUUAAAAAAAAUCAUUAAACUUAAACUGGGAGAGGUUUAUUCAGGUGUUUCUCCGACAGAGACAUACCAACUGUUCUGGGAACUUUUUCCACCCUGGGGGCAGAGGCCUGGUUUGCACGCUCCAUUAAACCGUAGUUUGCUGCUCCUGGCUCUGCCAUGUGUGGGGGAAAACAAACCAGCCUGGCUUGUUGCAACAUGCACACAUAGGUAUCAUGGGUAGGUAAGUUGAGGGUUAUGUGGUCUGGGAGGGUAAACUGGGCCGUUGGGAACGUUACUCCCUUUUCUAAAUAUAUUGCAGCCUGACAAUCUUAGAGCCCUUAUCUUGUGCUUAUCCCUGUCUCAGGCCUCUUUCCUUUGCUUUUCACAAUAUCUUGGUAGGCAGAUAUUGGCUCUAGCAUGAGAAAAAAUGGUAUAAAACAUCAUUUGCCUUUUGCCCCUUUGCCCCCACUAUCUUGUUUUACUUUGGCUUGCUUUUAUAACAAAAGCACACAAACCAGCUUUGGCCUUGAGGUGUGGUCACAAAUGAGGAAGGAGUAAAGCACUCACAAGCACCAAACCAUAGUCCAAGCAAUGGUUUGAUGUUAUGUGUUAACCAGGCUGUAGAUUACUUCGCUAAGUGAAUUGUUAACUACAGUUUUGCAUCUUCUGAAUGCCAUUGAACAGUGUAUCAGCCCUUCUACUUUAGAGAACCACAGGAGAGAGGGGUGGUGCUUCUGUGAGUAUUCUGCAGACAUCCACUGUGCCCCCUUGUACAGUCAUGGGGUUUCCUCAGUACAGUGGUACCUCGGCUUGGUGUUGUAUAGGGAAACCAAAUACAGUGGUACCUCAGGUUAAGUUCUUAAUUCGUUCCGGAGGUCCGUUCUUAACCUGAAACUGUUCUUAACCUGAAGCACCACUUUAGCUAAUGGGGCCUCCUGCUGCCGCCACGCCGCCGGAGCACGAUUUCUGUUCUUAUCCUGAAGCAAAGUUCUUAACCUGAAGCAGUAUUUCUGGGUUAGCGGAGUCUGUAACUUGAAGCGUAUGUAACCUGAAGCGUAUGUAACCUGAGUUGCCACUGUAUUGACCAAGAAUCCAAUGUCAGUAGCAGGCUUCACUCUUUUUGAACACUUAUAUUUUUAAAUUUUAGAUAGUUGUGAAUGGAUUACCCUGCUUUACUGAAAGUCACAAAAUGCUUCAUAUUGUUCUAAAGGAAAGAUUAUUGGGGAGCCCUGUUAGGGCCUAUUUUUCCUGUUCUUGUAUGAGGAGGCUUAUCCAGGGAGAAUAGCUUAUCUUGAGUGUAAACUGGAAAGGAGUCGUGUGAUAAUAAUGUUUGAACCAUUCAUUGUUUCUUGCAGCGCCUUCUUUAGAGACCACAUACGGCAUGAUAGUAGCAGAUCUGUGUCAUUCGCUGCUCACAGACACACAAGCAUCCUAUAUUUUGGAAAUCAGGAGCCAUUUUGUACUGGAUGAAAAUAGCUACCCUUUGGAGAAGCUUUUCAAUUUGCUGGAUUUUCAUCUUGAUCUCUGA